AUGAGUAGAGCAGAACGUUUGCAGAAAUUUCAAACGGCAUGCGGUUAUACCUUCAAAAAUGUUACGUUGUUGGAGGAAGCACUUACUCACGACAGUAAUAGAGUAAAUAAUCGUGAUGCACCAACCUAUCAACGAUUAGAAUUUCUCGGCGAUAGUGUGCUAAACUUGGUCGUCAGCGAAUAUCUGUAUCGCAAUAACGCCAGUUUUACUGAAGGACAGUUAACAACAAAGCGAAGUGAGCUCACCAACGCAAACAAACAAAGUCAAAUCGCAGAAAAGCAUGCACUGAAAGCUUACAUCCUGCUAGGGCAAAGUGUAUCGAUAGAUCAAUACCGAGGGCACCAUUGUUUUGUCGAAUCAGUUAUUGGCGCUGUUUAUAUAGAUGGUGGAUUGGAAGAAGCACGAAAACUAAUUCUCAAAUUUUGGGGAUUUACAGAUGAUACCAAUACGGCUUCCAGUGCUAGCGCUGGCAAUUCCUGUGUACUGUCUUAG